AUGCUGCGACAAGUCGUGCACUCAGGGCUGAAGGGAUGUUUCUACUGGUUGGGAUUAUUCGUGAGCAGGCACCCCGUCUUCUUCCUGACAGUCCCCUCCAUCCUCUCCAUCCUGUUCGGGGCGACCUUCCUUAAUAAAUUUCAGCGGGAAACUGACCUGGAGUUGCUGGUGGCGCCCAAGCACAGCCUGGCCAAGAUCGAGAGGACCCUGGUGAACAGCCUGUUCUCCAUCAACCAGUCCAAGAACAGCCUGUACUCGGACCUGCAUACGCCGGGCAGAUACGGCCGGGUGGUACUCACUUCCCUUCCUGGGGCUGACAUCCUGGAGAGAGCCGAUCAGAUUCUGCAAAUGCACAAAGCCGUGCUGGAGAUGCGAGUGAACGGCUCCGGCUUCAGCUAUUCUUUCUCUCAUAUCUGUAUGUUGCGGAACAGCGAUAAGAGGUGCCUGUUUGACGAUAUCAUCGAAGUAUUGGAGGAUCUUAGUCAAGCCGCACUGUCUAAUAAUACCGCACCGAGGAAAUCACUGCGCUAUCCUAAUACUAAAUUAAAGGACGGUAGGGUGACUUUUAUCGGACAUCAGCUUGGAGGAGUGGUCUUCAUCCCCAACAGUAGAGAACACCAGGUUAAAUCAGCCAGUGCAGUACAGAUCACCUACUACCUACAAAGCUACGGGUCUGCCUUACAAGAUGUUGCAGAGAAGUGGGAAGCUGAAUUCUGCCAGCUCAUGCUUAAAUUUCAACAGGAGCACGGUGAUCUGCAAUUAUACCCCCUGACAUCUUCUGGUCUAUGGAAGGACUUCUAUAAGACCAAUACUGUGGCCAGAACUGAAGUGGUGGUGAGCCUAGUUUUGGUUCUGAUUGCUGCCACUCUCACCAGCGCAAUGAGGGACUGCCUCCGCAGCAAACCUUUCCUAGGACUGCUAGGAGUUAUCACAAUCUGCCUUUCCACUGUCACUGCAGCAGGGAUAUUCAUCAGCACUGAUGGCAAAUACAACUCCACUCUACUGGGAAUUCCUUUCUUUGCCAUGGGCCAUGGAACUAAAGGGGUUUUUGAACUGCUGGCUGGAUGGCGGAGAACAAAAGAAGAUCAGCCAUUUAAGGAGCGAAUAGCAUCUGCAUAUUCUGAUGUGAUGGUGUCAUACACAAUGACAAGCUCUCUCUAUAUCAUUACCUUUGGUAUGGGUGCAAGCCCAUUUACAAAUGUUGAAUCUGUUAAAAUCUUCUGUCAGAACAUGUGUGUCACUAUUCUAGUAAACUACUUCUAUAUUAUUUCUUUCUAUGGCUCGUGCUUGGUCUUUGCUGGGCAGCUGGAACAGAAUCGCUACCACAGUAUUUUUUGCUGUCGAAUCCCUUCACCGGAAUACCUGGCUUCCAGGCCUGUCUGGUUUAAAACUAUGAUGAACGAUGGAUUCCAACAGUCCGGUUCUCAUGACUGUGAUCCAUAUCAAAAACAUUUCAUUCAGCGUUUUUUGAGGGAGCACUACACUGAAUGGAUCAUUAAUACAUAUGUCAAGCCCUUUGUCGUGUUACUGUACCUGAUUUAUGUGUCAUUUUCCUUUAUGGGAUGUUUACAAAUCAGUAAUGGAUCAAAUCUCAUUAAUUUGCUUGCAAGUGACUCACAAAGUGUUUCCUUCACAAUAAUCCAGCAAAAAUACUUCAGCAAUUACAGCCCAGUCAUAGGUUUUUAUAUUUAUGAGCCAAUAGAGUACUGGAAUCUAACAAUACAGGAAGACUUGCAAGUUAUCAGCAGGGGCUUCAUCAGAAUAUCGUGGAUUGAACAUUACUUACAGUAUUUGAAAAAACUCAACAUUACGGUACUAACCAAAAGUGAAUUUAUCAACAUUCUAGCCAAUUCAUUUCUAAAGCAACCAGAAUUUCAAAACUAUGUGGAUGAUAUCAUUUUUUCAAAGACUUCAGAUGAAGUAGAUAUCAUCGCCUCCCGUGUGUACAUGGUGGCUAGAACCGCUGAGAACAUACACGAUGAAAUGGUUGAUUUACUGGAAACCUUACGGAAACACUCUCUCAUUUCUAGGAUAAAGUACAUAGUGUUCAAUCCAACCUUUGUUUUCAUGGAUCGAUAUAGCUCCUCCAUCACCUCACCAAUCCUGAAUUCCAGUGUUAGUGUCCUGAUCAUUCUAAUGCUGACCGUUUUUUUGGUUAUCAAUGCAUUGGGUAAUGUUUGGGUGAUACUUAGCGUAACAUCAAUGGAGUUCGGUGUGGUUGGAUUGAUGACACUAUGGAAAGUAGAUAUGGACAGCAUCUCAAUCUUGUGCCUUAUCUACUCUUUGAACUAUGCCAUUGACCACUGUGCACCUCUGCUUUUUACAUUUGUAUUAGAAAAAGAACGUACCAGGACUGAAUGUAUCAAAAACUCUUUAGAAUGGAAUGGAGCAGCCAUCUUGCAGAGUAAUAUUUGCUUUCUUUUAGGGUUGAUGCCCCUGGUUUUUGUGCCUUCAAAUUUGACCUUGACACUGUUUAAGUGCUUACUUCUAACAGCCACCUGCACACUGCUACACUGUUUUGUUAUAUUACCUGUCUUUCUAACAUUUUUUCCUCCAUCCAAGAAAAGGCACAAGAAAAAAAAGCGCAUGGAGAGGAAAGAGGAAAUUGAAUGCGUGGAGAUACGCGAUAAUGCAGGAAUGGUUGAUCACGUCACCACAGUUUGA